AUGCAACUAGUCAAGAACACCCAGGAUCUCCAAGCCCGUACCUCCUCCCCUCUCGAUGCCCCCCUAAUCGAGUCCGUUUCUCCGGCUACCGGCAACACUCUUGCAGCGACCUACGCCCACGGCGUCUGCUCCUACAAGCUGCAGCUCUUUCAAGAAUGCAUUCACACGCCCGCCGCGAACUGGCACACCCAGACGCUCGGUCUGCUUUUUAGCAUCGAAGACAACGACCACAAGACCGUUGUUCGCUUCCCCGAGGGCGCUGGCGAUAUCCAGGAACGCCACAUCAUGUUGACUAACAUCGGCACGGGCCUGCAUCUGCUUUACCAUUCCGAUGACCGGACGUAUUUUCGCUUCGAUGAAUGUUACUGGGACACGGCGACUAAGCAUGAUGACCGGGCGUGUGGCCUGUGCGAUGUGAAGGCUUGGACGAAGCAGGAGAUGCAGUGUGAUGAGCAGACUGGUGUGAACUAUAGGCUUUCCGAUAUGACCUGCUUCUUCAAGUGCUAGAUUGCCAAACAACGGCUAUGCAUGCGGAGAGUCCUGGGAUGGGUCAACUGACUGUGGUCAACGAGGGAAGAUCAUGAAUGAACAAAUACUUGAGCAAAC